AUGCUUCCACACGCUACGGUUUUCACAUCCAGUGGAUCUUUUGCUUGUUUUGAUACGGUUGUUUGUUCUCAAAUUCUUCUCUUCAUAAAACCAGAGGAAUGGAAAGUUAGCAAGCCAUUUCUGAUCUCAAAAACAUUUUAUUCCUUUUCGAAUAGUGAAACAUUCGCUCGGGAUUAUUUGUGCGAAUAUUUUAAUUUGUUAGAGGAAGAGGAGAAGAAAUUGGAAGAAUUAAUUUAUAAUCCACCAAUAUUUCGUGAAUCUUUAUUGAAUGGAGCUGUUGGUGAGAAGAGGAAACGAGACGAAACUACAUUUGACAAGAAAAAAAAGAAUAUCAAACAUUCUAAAAAGGGCACUCUCGACUUAUCCAAUCCACCAACGAGUUUUCAACAAGUUUUUCAAUGGUAUCUUCAAUUGAAUGAUUCCAAUCUCUAUCAAAAAUCCAAAGAAAAAUUAUCAAAUUUAAUUGAUGACAUUUACAGUGCAGACUUUCAAUUUGACAAUUUAUAUCAAAUUUUGGAUAGAAUGAAAGCCAAACGAUUUAUCAAUUCAAAUUUUGGUUAUUUUCUAGAAGGUUCUUAUAUUAUCACUGAAGAAUUGGGUAAAACUGAAAUAAGCAAAGAUGAAAUUGAGUUAAUUUUCACAAGUGGAUCACGAGAUGAAUUUAUUUUGGAAUGGAAAUUAGAUAAAAGUAUGGAAGGACAUAUACAUUACAAAGUUAAAUGUCUGAUUUUCACCAAUUGUGGAUAUCCACUGGUGGUGGAGGGAGAAUAUCAAAGAAAUAUCGACACGCUCAGAGGAAUUUCCAAUGCCAGUGAAUCGUUCACUGUUUAUGGCCAGGAGGUGUUUGGUGGGUUUAUGUUUUCCUCUGCUACAGGUUAUAUGGAUAGUAAUAAGGAGAGGAUCAAUGAACCAGCUGUGGAGUUAUUGAGUGAGAUUCUUGGAAAUGAUUUUGAGAAGAAUUUGAAAGAAAUUGGAAUAUUGUCUGAGGAAAGAACAAUUGUGAGAUAUCAACUCAUUUAUAAUUACUUACAAUGUACAUUGGGAGAGCAUGAGAAAUCAUUCCUGGCAAGUAAUGAGCAAUGGAUACCUUUUGCUAAGUUUAAAGGGGAAACAACAGAUUCAGAUGAGGAAGAUAAUUCAAUUUGA